GGAAGAUGUGCGAAGAGUUGUUCUUUGUGAGUUUCUUUAACAGUUACAGUUCUGUGCUAAAUCAAAUGUUUUAAAACUGAGAAAAAGAAUUUUUUUCUAGUGCUUUUCUGAACACUUCUGUACAACAGAGUGAUCAUUUUGAAGCUGCUACUUGAAGAACUGAUUUUUCAUCAUUUUCAUGAAUAAAAUACAAACAUGAAACAUAUGAACACUUUUUGAAAAUUUGAAAUAUACUCAGCAUAUCACCGACGAAAUUUUUUCUAUUGAAAUUUCAAUAAAUCAUCAUAAGUUAUAAAGUUAUUUUUACUUAUAAAAGUGCAGCUGAUUGAUAAUCAGCAACAACCACCUGAUUACUGAGAUACCAAAAAUAUGAAAAUAACAUUAUACAGUGUUUAUGCAACCUAAUUAAAAAGAUAAUGAAUGAAUAACUCUAUCAACUGCGUUUUAUGGCGAAGAUUCCUUCAAAUGUUUAUGAAUUCAUUCGUCUCCUGACAUAUCCAACUGAGAAUCUAUUUUAGAUUGAAAGAGUUAAUUGAAAAUUUAUUGUGCUAGAACUUAUUAGACCUCAACCACAGACCUAGAUGUGAAUAUGUUUCUUUUCAUGUGCGCUACAGCUUUAAACAGAAGAUACUUGAAUUCACCCCACGUGUUUCUAAUAUUAUUAGCUCUGCACAUGACAACUGUUUACCUCCGUCAUUUCUGAAGCGUGAAAACUUGCAAUAAAAUAAAGAAAAGUUAGAAAAAAUUAACAAACAAAUAAAAACUGUCAAAGAUUACCGACACUUUGUCAAAUAGAGGAUCUCCCCACUCAUCCAAAAUAGAACGGCACGGGCGCUCUCGCAUCACGUCAGCAGAGAUGCUGGCUGAUCAGGAAAUGCCAAAUCUGGCACCCAGCCCAACCAACGAGGGCGACAACGUGUUCGAAGAAGUGACAGCAGUCUGCUCGACGCCCCUAACGCCUCGAUCAGGCCAUAUGCCAGGGAUAAUCCUCACGACGGAAGGGGACGCUUCUCCCGAGUCUAUAAAUACGGUCGGUAGGCACGAUAGUCGAAACAGUCGAAGCAAAACGCGUUCUACCCGCCGUAAGAUGCAAGCACAGGUGCAGCACCGCAGUCCAUCGGGUUCAAGAAUGGCCGUCCAGAAUGGUGGACACAACCUGUACCUGUCCAGUAGUGGCGUCAGUCGGUCUCAAUCCAUGAGAACAGCCAGAAGACCUCAGUCAGUGGAUCCUACUCAUAGAUUCAGGCACAGAAUCGCCAGUAUACCCAACGAUAUGACUCUUCCAUCAGAUGGACUGAGUGGACAAAGGCUAGCUUCCAACCAGUCCUUACCUUUACCAGGAGAUGAAUCGGAUUUCAUGAGGUUGAGGAACUUUGCGGUCACCAGUAAGGGUGUAGUGAAUAGAGGAGACUCCUUUAGGUCCAAGUCCAGGUCAUCGCACAGCGUUGCUUCUGUAGGUGUAAGUGGAAGUAGUGGACAGUUGCCAGUGGUAAGUGGACAGCCUAAAGACGAUCUGAGCAUUAAUUAUCCUUCGACAUCAUAUUGCACGCCUAGAGAUGAAGCCAGUGCGGAAGUGGCUGAUACUGCCAUUGCUGGGCCUAGUUCUACUUCAGUGGUGGUUCAAAGGCCAUGCCGGUAUAAAGUGCUUGUCGUUGGUGCACCAGAUGUAGGAAAAACUGCUCUAACUAAUCAGUUUAUGACAUCGGAAUAUAAAUGUGCUUACGAUAUUUCUCAAGAUGAAGAAAAUGAGAAAUUUGUUGGUGUUAUUCUCAAUGGAUCCGAGUCAGAAUUGGUCUUCUCAGAACAUCAAUUCACCAGUGAUUCUACUGAAAAUUUCACAGAGAUGCACAAUCCUGACGCUUAUCUAGUAGUAUACUCCGUGACAUCGAAACGCAGUCUUCAGUUGGCCAAAGAAAUUCUAAGGCUAAUCCAGAAAUGGGACACCGUGGAAUCGAAAGCUGUCAUCCUGGUGGGAAACAAGACGGAUUUGGCACGCCACCGAGUUCUCUCCAUUGAUGACGGUCGUUCAUUGGCAAUAGAAGAAAGUAGUAAAUUCAUCGAAACUUCUGCUGGAAUAAAUCACCAUGUGGAUGAACUGCUGGUCGGCAUCCUGUCUCAAAUAAGACUGAAGCAGUCUUCCAUGGAAAAGAUUCUUCGGAAAAGGGAGUCAGUAAGUCUCGGUUCCGCAGCUGGAGGCGCUAAGUUGAGGGGAGGCAAGUGUCCCGGAUGUGCCGGCUGUAAAGCCAAAGGAAUCUUAAAGAGAAUUCUGAAGAAGGCUUGUUCAAGAUCUAAAUCUUGCGACAACCUCCACGUUCUUUAGUAAAUAAGAGCAUGUUCAUAAUCCUGUUGAAGGUUUCUAUAUUUAAGAUUUGGAGUAUAAUAAAAGUAAAGUAGACUUGUUCAAAUGAAAUACAGGUGUAUUAAAAGUGUAAAACAUGUACUCAUUUAGUUAAUAUUUAUUUACUUCGAAGCAGAAAAGUUUCUAACUUCUUUCAUUUUUACAAAUGAUGGGUAUCAAACGUUACUUUCAAAUGUUUAAUCCGAUCUAUUAUGACCCAUUAAAUAACCUCCGAUUCUACUAUUAUUUGUGUAUUACAAUAAAAUAUCUACUAAGACAUCGGUCAAAAGACCGCAACAAAAUUAAAUACUAAACGACAUAGCAUUGAUUCUUUGUUCUUGUAA